AUGAACGUUAGUCGAGAGUAUUUGCUGGGUGAAACUAUUGCUCGUCAGUCUUUGACGAGUCGCAUCAGUGCUCGCGUCGCGCGUCGUCUGUCGGUUGUUGGCGUGGCAGAGGAGCCUCGCAACGGUUCUGUGGCUGGGGCAACUAUAAAUACGCUCUGCAAUGUUAUUGGGGCUGGGGUACUCUCACUGCCGCUUGCCAUGUAUGAGGCCUCAGUCGUUGGUGCUCUUGUACUGAUGCUAUGCACUGCUUUUCUUGCAGGAUUUGCCGUUUUUGCCCUUAUUGCUGGCUGCGACGCGGCACAGCGUUUUUCAUUUACCGAGGUUAUGGCGUUCACUAUAUUUCCUUCCAUGACGUUGGAAGAUUUCUCUAUACUGGAAUCAUCUACAGUUUUAGGGGACCAUUCUGAAGUGGGAAACGGGACCGUAGAACUGGAGGCUCUUCGCAUGCGUCACGUGGAAAAUGAAAUCAAAUGUCGCAAACGUCGUCGAAUUAUAACAGUACUAGUGGAGUCCAUUAUUUUUUUUGGGAACUACGGAACUCUUAUCAUUUACUCACGCAUCAUUGCUGACUCUAUACCUCCUGUGGUGGAAAGUUUUUUGCAUGGCUCCGGUAUUAUUGUCACGCGUUUUUUUUGGCUUUUCAUAUCUGGCGUUAUCUUCUUCCUUUUGAGUUGCGUGCGUAAUAUGGAUGAGCUCAAGUGGACAUCCAUAUUGGGUUUUCUCACUAUAUUCUACAUUGUGGCAACUGCCGUUGCACGUUAUUUCACAAGUCGUCAGACUCCGCCGUAUCCCAAAAUUGAUCCCGUGGAUCGUGGUGAAAUUAAUUGGUAUCAUGUAGGCACAGGAUUAUUCCGCACAAUGUCGAUGUAUGGUGUAGCGUUUGAUUACCAUUACAAUGUACCAUAUUACUACAAGGAACUGAAAGAACGUACAUUACAUAACAUGAUGAAAAGUGUUUAUAUUGCCUUUCCUAUUAUUGUCUGCUGUUAUGCCGCAACAGGAGUGUUUGGAUAUUUGACAUUUGGUGAUUUAGUGGCCAGUAGUGCCUCGGGGGGUGAUAUUGUGCGUAACUACCCUAAAGAUGAUCUGGUGGUCAAUAUUGGACGCCUUGGGCUUUUUUUCCACUUUGUUUGCGUUUAUCCCAUUCUUUCUGUCGGUGCCCGUCGUGGACUUCACCGACUUAUUAUGAACGCACUGACGUGGAGUACUCAGACAGAGCGUAUUGAGGAGGAACGACAGCUAGGGGAUACUGACUAUUGUGGCCACGGGGGGGUUGCGUGGGAUACGAUAGACAAUGUGUCUGGUGUGGGUAUUGACAGGGACGUAGGUUCCCCUGAAGAUACCACCCGUCUGGCUAUCGUUUUUGAGGCUUUUUUUAUUGUUAGUACGACAAUCUUGCUGGCUGCUGUUAUACCGGGAAUUUCAGUGGCGAUUGGUUUCAUUGGUGCAUUAUUUGGCACUUUUUUGAUGCUAACGGCUCCUGGUUUGAUUGCGUGGUUUUUGUUCUCACGCACUCCGUUGGUAGGAACUUCUCCGUACCGUUUCGCACGUCUUCUCAUGGGUCUCGCCGUGUUGCUUAUUGUUUCAGGGGUUGGCUUUUCCGUCGUCGGAAUAGCGUUUAUGAUCAAAAAGUACACAGCUUAG